AUGGUGCGCGACAUACUGAUCGUGGGCGGCGGGAUAGCCGGGCUCGCCAGCGCACUUUCUCUCAGCAAGAGUCUGGCUGCGCUUGAGGACCCCGAUUUCCAGAUCCAUGUCUUCGAACGGCAUUCCGGGAUGCCGGAGACGGGGGGCGCUAUCAGUCUGACGCCCGCCGCACAGAGACACCUGGACACUCUGGGGGUGUUGGAGGAGCUGGACGGGAUGGGUCCCGACGGCGGGGUGGAAGUCGAUGAGAUCGAACUCUUUGCGCUCCGGUCCGGACGACCGUUGGGACCCAUCCGGUUUGCAGACGACUACGGACAGACUGAGAAGAAGAAGAGGUAUAAGGGUCGACGGGUGAUGCGCAUGCACCUCUCCAGGGCGAUGCUGAACACCCUACGCCGCAUGAACAAUGUGGCUGUCUACUAUGGCAAGAAGCUCGUCGGCGGCCGCGAGACAGCCUCCGGCGUGACGCUCAAGUUUGAAGACGGAUCCACCGCGACGGGAGAUUUGGUAUUGGGUUGUGAUGGGGUACAUUCGGUGACGCGCACGCAACUGGUGGACGCUGGCCGUGCGUCGGAGUACACGGGCGUGUCCUUUUUACAGAGCACAAUCGAUUCUGCCGGGGCCCUGCAUUCGCGCCCACACUUUGAGUGCACGGCCAUGCAUCUAUCCCAGCAAGGGUCCCUGCUAGCCUCGUUCUGCGACCCGGGUAAGACCAAGAUCUUUCUCGCCGGGAUCAUCGACUUGGGCGAACAACUUAUCGAACGGCUGCGUGAGGAGGAGGAUAGCAGCAGCAGCAGCAGCAGCAGCAACAGCAGCAACAACAACAGUGAGCUUGCACGCUACCAUGUCAAAAUGACGCUUCAGUAUCUGGCACGCGAACGCUUUGCCAGGUCCCCACUGCCCUUCGUUUCGGAGAUGGUCACUCAGACGCAAGACUGGUCCUUGUACCCGGUCUACCAAGUUCCUCCGGGAGGAAAGUGGUAUACGGAGCGGAUCCUUCUUCUUGGUGACGCUGCACAUGCUCUACCCCCUCGCGAUGAAUCGGCCGCAUACGCUCUUGGGGACGCGAUUCAAAUCUCGCGUCUCCUUGUCAAUUAUCACGACCGCCCCUUGAUUGAGGUCUUCCAGGCGUACGAGAGACAAAGACGGGUUCUUGUCCAGACGGCCUUUGACAGGUCGCGCCGCCUGUGGCAGCGAACCCACGACAUGCGCCUUCUCCCUGGCCAGCUCAAAGAACUGCUCACACCCGUCGAUCUACGUCCUUCUUCUUGUUCUUCUUCUUUGCAUACUCCUGCUGCCCCGGUCCCGAGUCAUGAGGGUUUCUCGGAUUUGUCGAUCUACUCCUUGACGAGGGAGGCGUUGGAUCAAUAG